CAGAAAAACUUAAAACUUCCAUUUAAAAAACAAACCAAACUUUCAACAAUCCAAUUCAUGCUGUUGUUAGGUUUUUAGCAGGCUGUUGUAGUUGAAACAAUUUUCAAUUUCGCUCUCUUCCAUUUCCAUUCCUAAAUGGAACCUAAAUUUCUUUUGCAAAUUAUCUCAUUCUGCUAUUCUUCAACCAUUUCAUUUCUCAAAUUCUUAUCCUUCUGGAUUCUUAACUUCUCCAGAAUUUUCCCAACAAUUUCAGGGAAAAUUCUAUCUUUGUAUUUCCUAUCAUGUGGCAUAUCAGAAUGCACAAUUGAUUUAGACGACCAAACGACAGUCAAUUUCUGGGUCACCAACCAUAGGAAAUUUAACAAACCCAAUUUAGUACUAAUUCAUGGCUACGGUGGUGAUUCACGGUGGCAAUUUCUUGGCCAAGUCCAACUUCUAUCUCAAGCCUUUAAUUUAUAUAUGCCUGACUUAUUAUUUUUCGGCAAGUCCUUCACGAAACGGAGAGGUCGGUCUGAUGCUUUUCAAGCAGAGUGUGUGAGGGAAGGGUUGAAAAAAUUAGGUUUAAAAAGGUAUAAUUUGAUAGGGUUAAGCUAUGGCGGGUAUGUGGCGUACCGGUUGGCGGCGAAUUAUGCAGACGAGGUGGAGAAGUUGGUGAUUAUGAGUAGUGGGAUUUGUUACACGGAGGAGCAAAAAGAGGAGCAUUUCAGGAAAAUUGGGAAUCUCUCUGAUCUUCUUUUGCCACAGAAACCAGAAGAUGUAAGGGCUAUGAUUAAGCUAUCUAUGCACAAGACUAAUCCGAUGAAAUGGAUGCCAGAUUUUAUUAUUUCGGAGUUCAUCAAUGUGAUGGGUAAUAAUCACAGGAAGGAGAAGUUGGAGUUGGUGGAGCACUUGUUGGCUAAAAAAGCAGAUACAAAUCCUCCCGUUCUAACCCAGGAAACACUCUUAAUAUGGGGCGAUCAAGAUAAAGUUUUUCCAGUAUCGCUGGCUCAUCAAUUGCAAAGGCAUCUGGGGCCAAAAUCAAGAGUGGAAAUAAUCAAGGACGCAGGUCAUGCUGUUAAUAUGGAAUCUCCUGAUGCUGUGAAUAGUCUGUUAACAUCAUUUCUUUUAGGUCACUCUUAAUCUAAUAAUUAUGUAUUAAUAAUUUUCAAGUAUAUGUAAUUUCAAGUUUUAGGGUUCAUGUAUCAAGCAAAUCAUUCUAAUUUGCCAAAUUAAGAAAGUUAACAAGUCAAUCAAACAAGUUAUUCUGAGAGA